AUGAUGAAGUGUUUGUCCUUGACCACCCCUCAAAGCUCCCUCCAGCUCCAGCCCUUUUCCUUUCCCAGCAACGCUGUCGUUGGAAACACGGUCACUGUGACAUGCACUACAAUCAGCCGUACAGCUAACGUCAACUUUCAGUGGCUAAAAGAUGGCAAAGAGCUGAUCAAGAGCUCGAAAGUAGAGAUAGUGCACCAUCCCCUGUUCAGCACGCUGGUCAUUGGCCCGACUACCAAGACAGACAGCGGAAAUUACACCUGUGUCGGAAACAUUGGCCAGGAGACGCACAGUCACUCUCACCAACUCAACAUCCUAGGUGGCAACAAGGAGACCACAGCAUCCGGCAAGAAUGAACUGCAGAUAGCAAAUGCUUCCAAGUUGGAUGCAGGGUCAUACGAGUGCAGCGCAGACAACGAAGUCUCAGAGGCAAUCGCUAAAACCAUUACAAUCUCCAUUUACGGAUUCGGAAAGGCCGUCAAAGUACAACCCUUCUCGUUUCCGUCCAACGUCGUCGAAGGGUCGAGAGUCAGUGCAACCUGCUCCCUGAUGAGCAUCUCCGAGGGAACCCGCUUCCGAUGGGCCAGAAAUGGCAAACCGCUCAGUGACGACCCGGAAGGUCGGAUCAAGACAAGAACUGACGCCGACUUCUCGAUGGUCACCAUUGGUCCAGUGCGUCAAGAAGACAGCGGGAACUACAGUUGCACGGCGAUGUCUAAGGGGAAGUCAGACACAUACUCGGCCAACCUUGUUGUCUACGGCAGCAUCAGCGUUGUGCCGUUCUACAUACCAGACAAAGUUAUGCUCGGAGAUACGGUGAAAGUUGUGUGCUACACAAGCACCGAACAAACACCUCUGUCGUUCAAGUGGAUGAAAGACGGCAAGUUAUUGGUGGCCGACGAGAACAUCCGCAUAAAGACGCAAGCCGAUCUGUCAACAAUGAUUCUGGGCCCUGUGAAACCUGCGCACAGGGGGAACUAUACAUGUCAAGUAUUCACGCCGGCCUCCAGUGGAUCGUACACGGCUACCCUUUUGGUAUAUGCGCACCUGUUAUUGCUGAGAGACUGUACGGUUUUUCUUUACGAAGUGCCCGCCCGGUUCGAGGAGAAGUUCAAGGUUCAAACUGUACGUCGUGGAGAAGCGGCCACUCUGCAGUGCCAGGCUAUUGGCGAUUCGCCGCUGGAGAUCACGUGGUCCCAAGACAAAAAGCGCCUCAUAUUCGCUCCAGUGACAAGGUACGAAAAGUUCGAGUCGAAUACGGAAAACGGCGUGACUUCAGAGCUGGCGAUUCCGACGACGGACAGGAGCGACGCGGCCCUCUACACCUGCGUCGCAAAGAACGAGUACGGCAGCGACGAGAGGAACAUCAAGCUGCUCGUCGUCGAGGUCCCCGCUCAACCGCUGGACCUUCGUAUCCUGGAAGUCUGGAGCCGCAAGGUGAACGUCAUUUGGUCAGAGCCGUACAGCGGGAACAGCCCCAUCAACAACUACAUUGUUCACUACUGGAGGGACAGAGACGGGGCGCAUCGCCUCAUGGAGCAGACCGUGCCGAGCAGCCAGACUUCGGCCAUGAUCAGCGAGCUUCACCCGGGCGCCUCCUAUUCUCUCACCGUGACCGCCGAGAACGAAGUGGGUCAGGGUCCCCCCUCGGACCCGGUACGCUUCCUCACCGCCGAAGAAGAGCCCGGCGGAUCACCAACCGACGUCUGGGCAGCUGCCAAGGGACCUACUUCUAUCGCCGUUUCGUGGAAGCCCCCUCCUCGAGACACGUGGAACGGUGUGCUCAAGGGCUACUACGUGGGAUACCGGGCGGCCGAGUCCAGCCAGCCGUACUCGUUCAAGACGGUCGAGACAGUGGUCAACGGAUCCCAGGAAGUCACGCUCGUGGGUCUUUCAAAGUCCUCGCGGUACAGCGUGAUCGUGAAGGCCUUCAACGCCAUUGGAAGCGGACCGCCAUCCGAAGCGCUGCUCGUCCGCACAUUGGAUGGCGAUGUGCCAUUCGCCCCUGCGCUGACCCUGAUCUCAAGCACCGACUCUGCCUUCAAGGUUAAGUGGACCCACUCGAAGGCCACCGCUGCUCCCGUAACAGGCUACACGCUGCACUACAAGAAGAACGCUGGCCCCUGGCACCACAUCCCGGUCGUGGCUUCGGACGACACGAGCUACACGCUGACGGAUCUGGACGGGGGUGCGACGUACAAGGUGUACCUUACCGCGUCCAACCAAUUUGGACGCGGGUCUGGUAGCGAAGCCAUAAUCAUCAACACCACUAACGAAGGUCAUGACCGGGCUUGGGUCUUCUACAAGGAUCCCUCCCUGCUGGUUCCCGCAGCGUCCUUUCUCAUCGCUGUCCUUGUCGUCAUCACCGUCGUCACCGUCUGCAUCAAAAAGACCAAAGCGCACAAGAACUUUGAAAAAUCCCUGGAAGCAGAGAAGCGCCAGAGCUACGGCGAGGUGACGCAGCAGCAGCAGCGCUACAUCGACGUCACAGAGAAGCGCAACCGCUCCGACUACGCCACCAUCCAGAGCCGGAGGAGCCUCUCCGGCAGCUACAAGAUCGAGGAACUACGCUCGGCGGCACCUAACAGGGGAUACAACACUACAGACGCCAAGGACAGGCGGCGCUCGUCCCUUCGCAAAAGCAGCGCUUCCUCCCACGUCUACGACAGCGCGGCGUGAUUCAACCAGAAACAAGCCCGAGAAACUGCUGUUGACAUCUUCUAAAACUGUUGAAUUUGCUCUUAUCCGUUGUUCUAGUCACGCGCCAGCCGUACAAGCACGUUACGACCCCUAUUCUGUACUUACGAUUUUCUCUCGCCACUGCCCCUUAAUAUAUCCCUUGAAUAACUUUCUCCCCAAGACAAGCCAGGUGUGUCCCGCGUGUGUACAGAGGAAGCUUGACAUCCCCGUCUCUAUGAGAGAUGUUGUGGCAUCUCAGCGACCUACAAGCACAUCAUGCAGAAGUCGAGCUGUUACACGAGUCAUAUGAGCGGUACAGUAGAGCAGUAAGGACAGCAGUCUUAAAACAUGGGGAUGAAAUCACUGAUUUCACUCGAAAACAACUAAGUACGAGCAGAUGAUCAACGCAAAUGUGCUGCGUCACCAAGUCUAUACUAAUACUCGAUGUGUGGAGGAAGCGAAACUGACGUCACAGGCCGCCAAGCAAUAGAGAGCCUGCGCAAGGUGUCCCUAUCGCAAGAAUGCUUUCAACUCUCGUUUCAGGCACCAAGAGGGUGUCCAAUCGGUAUUAUUUACCGUUCUAGUCAUAUUUAGUAUGAUGAGUGUUACCAAAUGUUCUAGUCAAAUGUUUGUAUAAUAAUGAGGCUUUACAAUUCCGUACAUGAGUAAUAUUCCCUGUUUCGCGUAGAGCAUAACCGGUUACUUACAUUUAUCUGCCUUCUGGUGGCACGUGUGGACGACAUUCGGUUCUUAUUGCAAAUGUUUUCUCGCGUAUAAGUUAUCCCUGCUGUUUUCACGAGUGGCAUGUCUCAGGGCUUCAACUAUGCUUAUUGAGAAAGAACUUUAGUCGAAAGAAAGAGGCUUUCCGACAGAUUGCAACGUUAGGUUUUCUUUGCCGAGUCGUCACUCAAAAACAGCUAGCAAGUUUGAAGCCACGCAAACACACACUCAGGGCCCCGAAGAUAGCACGGUGCCAAGAUAAAGACUACGUGAAUAUGUUUCCUAACAGUCACCGUUUGUGAAAUCUGAUUCAAGUGAUUUCUUUCGUGAGUGUGUACGCUGCGAAGCGCGUAUUUUCUUUGUUAUUAUAGUCGCAACAACUGCAGGGUCGGCGCGUAAGAAUAUGUAAUAGUUCACACGCAAUGAAAGCGUUUCAAUAUUCUCAAAGAACACAAUUUCGCAAUCCCGUUGGCCUCUUAUGACAUCACACGUAUGGCCUCUUAUGUCCUCCAACUCAGCCGUGCUCUUGCCAACUCAAUUCCAUCUUGCUCAACAAGCAAUGUACGUGUUCCUCGAUGUAUAUUUAUUUAUGCAAUUCACAAAGAGUGCUAAAGGCUCUGCUGGAACCGUUCUGGUAGUACAGGGCAGGAAUGAACCAAAUGCUCAAAUAUACAGUAACAUGUGUUUUUUAUACAUAUGGCAGGCAUUACUGUUUAGUUCGA